CAUUUCGCAACACUGGUUGUCACCACCAUCAACAGCAACAACAACAAACCGAGGGCACGCAAAUAUUUCUACAAAGAAAAGUCGCAUAAAGUGAGAUUGCUCCCCAGAAUUUGUAAUAAAUCAACGCAUAUUGAAGAGGAAACUUCAAGAAUGUCCGUGAAAGAUUUCAUUAAGGGGCUGCCCAUCCACGACUCGAACAACUUCACCCACUUGAGCAACGAGCACGGGAUUCGCACCUCGCAGAAGCGGGCCUCCGUCUACCUGCCCACCGAGGAUGAGCACUCCGAGCAGCUGAUCGUGAUGGACAAGCGCUGCGUGCUGCUGCGCUACCUCACCCAGCAGUGGGACAAGAAGACGCUGCAGCGCAAGCGGGAGCACGGCGGCGAGUCCGGAAAUGGCAACGGCAACAGCUCCACGCCCAAUGGCAAUGGCAGCAGCAGCAAAAAGCGCCCUCGCUUGGAUCCCAACGAGCUGAACUAGGCGGCAGGACCACCAGCCAAGCACACGAAGGACAUCCCCCACAGCACUCGCGCCCCUGAGCUUCGCCACCACAACCUAUCGUUCAUUUCCUUCAUAAAUAUAUUAAUAUAUAAAAACAAAACAGUACAAAGGAGUUGCAGUCGAACGUUAGGAUCGCUUAAGAAUUCGCGCUUAAAGUUUACCUUCGCAUAUUUGUGAAAAUGUAACUUGUCCUUAGCUAAAAGACAGGCCAGCAUUCUUUGUAAUUUGAAGUUUAACCAAAUUGUCAUGGCUAAAUGUUUAGAGCCUAGAUGAAUAAUAUGUAACGAAAUAAUUCUUAAGUUUUUUUUUUAUGAAAAAAAGUAACUGAACUCAAUGUGCAUCUUUGCCAAGACUUUUAAAUACUUUGUAGCUGCCUAGACGCAUAAACGUCUCGAACUAUUCUGUUAAAUUUAAAUUAAAUUUACAAUAUCUCGAUGUUAAAUCUAACGAAUAUACUUGUGAGUUUAGACAAAUUUGUAUCUUCACAAAAAUGUACUUGUUUGUGAGGAAGAAGUAUUGAACAUCGAUGUUUAUCCUCCAAGUACAUUGAUCGAUAUUGAUGCAGUUGAGGAAAGAAACAAUACUCGUAAUGAAAAAUGUUUUUCGACCAACGAAAGUUCGACUGCAUCCUGGUACAGCACACACAUUAUAAUAGCACACUUUCUGAGCUCCAAUAGAUUUACUUUUAAAGACAAA